GUCCUGGCGAUUUCGGCUGUAGGCGCCCUGGCCAUUCGCUAGAGGGCCGAAUUGAUAUCUCCACGACAUCAAAGUUGCACUUUACCAGCGUCACUGUCUCCUUUAGAGGUCUGCAGUCAACAGUAUUUCGGUGUUACCGGUUACCUGGCUCCAGCGAGCUAGUAACUCAGUCUCUCAACCACAACAAUGUGGUGGUUAUGAAAUCUAUCGACCUGUUCCUAGAUGUCACUUACCAGGCGCCACUCGACUCUAUCCAAGAGCAUGAAGCAGCGAAUGGGUCAACUAUCUACAGCUGCCCCUUCUUCUUCAUUGUCCCACUCGGAACUGAGUACCCCAAUCACGAUAAACCGUUACUGUGUAGGGUCCUCCCGCCAUCUUUCGAGAUCUCCGACCCACACUCAGAAUCACUAUCCGUAACCUACGAACUUCAUACCGUCGUCCAUUACCACGAGGCGCAUGCCAUAGAUGGCGGAACACCAGGGAAGACUGAGAUGACCCGAGUCAUCAAAUUUCUCCCAUUUUCAGAAGUAGGCCCGCCAACCCAUAUCGCUAGCUUUCCCGGCGAGUUCAACAUAGAAGUGACCUCAUCGAUACGGAAGCAUACCUUGGCUAGUCAUCUUGGGACCUUCACGCUGAGAACUAGUGAGCCCCUCCCAUUGGCUUACUCACAAUACGAAAAAAGAGCUUCCACAGAAUGUGCAUUGUCGAUAAUUGCUCAUGCUUCUCACGAACUCCCACGUUUGAGGGCGAUCUCCCUGGAAGUGAAACCCGCAAUUAAAGUAAAGACCUUCUACUCCGCAGAGCCAAUAACCUGCCUGCCAAAACGGACGUUCUUGGCUGAGAACGCGUUGAUUCGACUGCGGGAAGAUGUCAUCAAGCUUGGACGAGAGACGUACACACAACUGGAAUGGGGCAAGGUUUCCGGCCCUGUCAACGACAAGCCGCCCGCUUAUGAAGAAGCCACAGGGUACAAUGCGCAAAACCGCAGUACUACCGAAUCGAAUCUAGCCCGCGACAGAAAGAAUAUCCUGAGGACUUCGAUCCAGGUACCUGUCAGGCCCCCGGUAACACUCCCGCCAACUUUCUGCGGCAGUCUUAUCACCAGAUCAUACUCUCUGCUCCUACGUAUGCGGGUAUUUGGCGUACAUGCUCAAAGAAUUUCCCUGGAGGUUCCUCUUCAGGUGGUGUACCUGCGAGCAACCCCGUCCAGAGUGGAGGUAGUGCAUGAUCCAGAGUCUAUGAGCUGCAUUGGUGCUUCUGCUAUCCUUGCUCAGGAUGAUGUGUUACCAGUGUAUGAUGGUUGAAUGCAUGCCAUUUACCAGGGCGAAUUUGAUACUUACCAGGUACUUCAUAUGAUUAAGUCGCGGUGAUUGAGUACAUGGG